UAACUGCUUCCAUCACUGUGCCAACCAGAUUGGCUACGAGAAAUGUUGCGCCCCUGGAACAUGUCUGAUAAAUGGGUACACAGCUGGAAGAACAAAUCCAUGUGGUUUCUGUAAUGCCAAUCCUCCAACUCAAGCCCCUACUCCACGGCCUACUAUUGCCCCAACCAUUCCACCCACUGUUGCCCCAACUAUUCCACCCACUCUUGCCCCAACCAUUCCACCUACUGUUGCCCCAACUAUUCCACCCACUGUUGCCCCAACUAUUCCACCUACUGUUGCCCCAACCAUUCCACCCACUGUUGCCCCAACUAUUCCACCCACUGUUGCCCCAACUAUUCCACCCACUGUUGCCCCAACCAUUCCACCUACUGUUGCCCCAACUAUUCCACCCACUGUUGCCCCAACUAUUCCACCUACUGUUGCCCCAACCAUUCCACCCACUGUUGCCCCAACUAUUCCACCCACUGUUGCCCCAACUAUUCCACCUACUGUUGCCCCAACCAUUCCACCCACUGUUGCCCCUACUAUUCCACCUACUGAUGCCCCAACCAUUCCACCCACUGUUGCCCCAACUAUUCCACCUACUGUUGCCCCAACCAUUCCACCCACUGUUGCCCCAACUAUCCCACCUACUGUUGCCCCAACCAUUCCACCCACUGUUGCCCCUACUAUUCCACCUACUGAUGCCCCAACAAUUCCACCUACUGUUGCCCCAACCAUUCCACCCACUGUUGCCCCAACCAUUCCACCUACAGUUGCCCCAACCAUCCCACCCACUGUUGCCCCAACCAUUCCACCCACUGAUGCCCCAACCAUUCCACCCACAAAUGUCCCCACUACACCAAGCACAAUUUGCAGUGGAAAAGCUAGAAACUGGUACAUUGUGAAAGGUGGUGGUUGUUUUUACCAUUGUGAAAAUGGUAUUGAAUCUGAACACUGCUGUGCACAGGGGAGCUGCUUAUUGGUGGGCUAUGUAGAAGGAAAUAUCAACCCCUGUGGUGAAUGUGUCACGGAGGCACCUACUAUUCCACCCACGAAUCCCCCUACAUAUCCACCCACGAAUCCCCCUACAUAUCCACCCACCACCUCUACCCCUAGUAUCUGCAAUGGAAAGGCUGAUGACUGGUACAUUGUGAUGAAUGAGAGAUGUUUCUAUCACUGUGUGGAGGGAGAAGAGUACAAAUAUUGCUGCAGACCAGAUAGUUGUAUACUGAAAGGAUAUGUGGAAGGAAAUAUUAACCCCUGUGGGGAAUGUGACACUGUUUCAACGACAG